GAGGGCAGCCGAAAGCUUCGCAGUCGCCUCCCUUUUAAAAGUGAGAUUCAUGUUUCUGUUGUUUCACAUGCUGCUACAGGAGCAGGUCAUGAGAAGAGUCCCGUCGGCGAGCGCAGAGGCUGGAGGAGACCUGGGAUCGGAUCGGCUUCCACGUGGCUGGAUGAAGCCUCCUCCGGACGGGACGUGCUGAAAAGUUGCAUGGAGGAGAAGAACGCAGAGCGCGCAGCGGAAGGAGGGAGCUGCUGAGGACGAGCAGAACGGGGAGAAAUGUGUCUGGGGGAAGCGACGUAUUCGAAGGAGAAAAGCGGACAGAUGCCGGAGUGACAGUUAAGGAGGAAAACACUCGAAAAACGUGGCCAAGAAUGAGAGAGGAGGAGCCGUUUGAUGAUGAGCACCCCGAGGGAGGGGUUGCUCUCAGCGAGGAGAAGACGGAAAGACCCUUUUCUAAUACCUGUCCCGUCGUUGUAGCGACCCCUGGGAUCGCGGCGCGUAAACGGCAGGUCGGCGCACACAUGGAGGCCCGCCUGGCCAUGGCAUUCCCCCCCAGCAUUUCCCCAGCGGGAGACGAAGCCAAGCCGGGGGACGACGUCCAGAUUCACACAGCGGCAGGGCCCAAGAAACUGAAGAAGAGCCCUCAGCACCGGCCGCCCUCCUCGGGGCCGUCCCUCUCCCCCGUCCCCGGCCACAGCCCCGGGGCGCUCUCCGCCCUGGAGGACCCGCACGCCCAGCGGGUCAUCGCCAACAUCCGCGAGCGCCAGCGGACGCAGUCCCUGAACGAAGCCUUCGCCUCGCUGCGCAAGAUCAUCCCCACGCUCCCCUCCGACAAACUGAGCAAGAUCCAGACCCUGAAGUUGGCCUCUCGCUACAUCGACUUCCUGUACCAGGUCCUGCAGAGCGACGAGAUGGACAGCAAGCUGGCCGGGUGCAACUACCUGGCCCACGAGAGGCUGAGCUACGCCUUCUCCGUCUGGAGGAUGGAGGGUGCCUGGUCGGCCAUGUCUGCCGGUCACUAGUCGGGUCCCAGAGCUCCCAGAGGUGCCGGGGGAGCGUCCUUACUCACGUUGAGCUCACCAGGAACUAAAGACACCACAGCCUUGUACAGUUUUCAUUUUCGUAUCGCCUCUUGUCAGCGGUUCCUUUUUAUUGCCACAGUCGUGCAAGAGUUGAAGGGUUUUGUUGCAGGGGUUUUUUUAACAGACGUGUAUUGUGUUUACAUCAAUCAGAGGGACGAUGGGACAUCUCUUGAGGUUUAUAAAUCCCAAUGGCGAAGGAGUUUCCAUCGGCCUUCUCAGGCUCUGAAGCUCACCUGCUUUCAGCAUCAUCAGCACCAGAUUUCAUCACCGCAGGCAUGCGUCCUAUGAGCCAUGUUUAAACUUUGCAUUUAAUAUUCUUUAACUGACUUUAUUCUACAACACAGUUUUGUAGAAUUGUAAAGCUCAGUAAAGGACGCUGAUGAUGGAUAAGAAGGGAGAACUGAGGAAAGCUUUGGAUCUUUGAAGUUUCUGGCGUUUUUUAACUCCUAAUUUUCCAGGCCUGACGUUUUAUGAAUCCCCGAUCACCUCUGAACCCCGCUAACAGUGGAAAACGCAGCCGUGGGCCGCCGUGGGCUGCCGCUGGCGUGCCUGGAGUUUUUCCCUCUGUAUACCAAGCUCCUUUUGUUUGUUCCAGUGCCAAAGAGAGAAAGAGAGACUCUCCUCUUGGAAAUAUUUUCCUCCCAUUCUGGCCCAAAGUUGCUUGUGUUGCACAAAAACGAUGAUACAGCGAGGCCGAGCUGACGAGGAGGUGUAACGAAAACAAACGCUCUCUCGGAGCCAUGAAUCUCGUGUGUCAUCAUCAAAGGGGGGGAGGCUGAUGAGGCUUCCCGCUGGGCUCCCAUAAACCACUGGGAGUGAUGGAGGAGGUGAGAGAUGAUUUACGCACAUGCACACAUGCAGGAGGUGCAGCUCCGUGCGUGCGUGCAGCCAGACCUUCAGAAAAACCCAAAGCUUUUUUUUUUCCUUGUUCGUUACACUUUAAAAGUAUACAUCUCUCUGCACUAUUAAAGCUCUUUGCUUCCCUCUUGACUUACCGAAAAAAACAUUACCUGCAUGGUUUGAUUUUAUUUCAACAAGUAAACUCCUAGGAAGAGACACAUCCAGGGUUUUUCUUUCCUCCUCGUUGCCAAAGUGCACGAAGAGAAGCAGCCUAUCAUUAGGACGUCCUGGGAAGGUAGCUGACGUUUCCAGCUCUGAUGUGGACGUCAGGAUUUUUAUUUUUCUUUGAGAGUCUUGGCGGUGUGGUCUGAAGAGGAUUAACAUCACUGAUGUUUGAAGACACUUGACAUUUGUUCGCAGGCCAGAGAAGCAGCCCCAGAACGGCUGCACGGGGGCCGCCAGGACGACAUGAAUCACAAACGCAGUUGUAAUUAAUAGUUUCAUUUCCUCAAAGACUUUUUGUUCCCCAUAAAUAACUCAUCCCCAUCCCGUGGCAGCGCACGGGUCGCGCCUCCUCCGUGUUUCCGUGUGUCCUCCACGGCGGGAAACAUCCAGCGCUGAAUGUUUUACGGACACUGUGAACGCCGUACAUGUGUGUAAUGCAGUUACAUCUUUUCUUGUGUGUGUGUUUUUAGUCUUUUCAGCUGCUGAAUAAAG